AGCCUGAGUAUGUAUAGUUACACAUGGCCAUGCAGAGGCUGGCUCUUUCCAAAAAAAGUGGUCAAGCACUUUGGAGACGCCCUCGCCUACCCCAGUGACACGGCUAAAAGCAACGCCGAUGCCUUUGGCCCGCUAAUAAUCGCCAAUCAAGUAUUACCGCCUCAUUUCGAAGCACUUUGGCAACACACGUACCCGAGGAUCUGCGCGGAUGGAGGUGCAAAUCGAGUCUAUGACCGGAUCAAGGAAUCUCACUUGAAUCCUGCAGACUAUGUACCGACUCACUGUAUUGGAGAUCUAGAUUCUGUUCGACAAGACACAAAAGACUUCUAUUUGCGCCAUAGGACAAAAUUUAUAUAUAUACCUUGCCAAGACAAGACAGACAUAGAUAAAGCUUUGGAUUUCUUAAAUUCUGAUGACGAAGGCAGUGGCGAACCUCGCUCAACCAAAAACUCUAAAGACAUAGUCCUAACCGGUGUUUUUGGAGGCAACAUAUCUCAGGAAUUGGGGAAUUUACACUCCUGUUGGGGGAUUGUAAACAAGCAGAUCACCCUGAUUGGAUGCAAUAACCUGUGUCUAAUCCUACAACGCGGACUUCAUAAAAUCCACACUCCUGUCGGCAUGAAAUGCGGUAUUAUUCCUUUGGGCAGUCCAGUUGAUUUCGUCAAAUCCUCUGGCCUGAAAUGGAAUUUAAAUAACCAGCAGCUCUCCUUUGAAAAUUUUAUAAGUACUUCCAAUGAAACUGUUAACUCAAUAGUCAGUAUAGAGGUUUCCUCUGCCUGCAUUUGGUCUUUUGACUAUGGCGAUAUAACCUCAUCAAAUGUAAAGCAGUAGUUUGUAUUUUAGCACAAUCAAUUUUUUUUGUAGUUAUUUGUUCGCUUACAACAUGUCAGAACA